UUCCAAUUAUUAUUUAUCACAACAACAACAUCAUCAUCAACAACAACAACAACAACAAACAACAAAAGCUAAUCAAUUUCAACCAACACGAAUUUAUACCAUUCGUACUGGACGUGCUAUCGAUCAUAAUAAACAACAAAAUCAUUAUCAUUUAAAUAAUAAUUUACAUAAUAAUAAUGAUAAUGAUAAUAUCGCUUCAACAUCACAACAGAUAUCAUCGACAUUAUCAUUAUCACAGCAGCAGCAGCAGCAGCAACAACAACAACAACAACAAUCCUCUCAAACAUUAUCAUCUCCGUUUUAUCGAACAAUUCCAUCAUCAUCAUCAAGUUCAUCGUCGGCAUCUUCGUCUUCGAUGAUCAACGUUAAUAAUAAUAAUAAUAAUAAUCCUCAUCAUCAUCAUCAUAAUCAUCAUCCAUAUCAUCAUCAAUAUCAUCAAAAUUAUAAUUCACUUCCUCAACAACAACAACAUGAAUCAAGACAAAUAUCACCAAGAAGCCAUCAGUCAUCAUCAUCAUCAUCAUCAUCAUCAUCAUCAUCGAUAACACCAUUAACAUUACAUUCGAUUAAUAAUAAUGAUAAUAAUAGUAGUAGUAAUACCGGAAAUUCAGGAAUGAUAAUGUCAAGUAGUACGAAUAAUGGUGGCGUUUCCUCUUCAAAUAUUAUAGCCAAUACGGCAACAACAACAACAACAACAGUGAUUCAUCAUCCAAGCACAUGUUCGAAUGAUCGAUCUCAAACAGCAUGUACAUUCAAUCUAUUAUGUUAUCUAGCAAAUGGUAUACCGAUUGAAGGUUGUGAAGAGAAUCCAUCACUUACAUGUUGUUAUAUAAGACUAAAAAAUCCAAUACCAUCUACAAUAACUGCAGCAGCACAGAAAUUAGAUAUUGGACCUAGUUAUUCAUUAUAUUAUCAACAACAACAACAACAACAACAACAAUCACAACAGAGAACACCAACAAUUUCAUCCGAACAAACAUCACCAUCAUCAUUAACACCGAUUACGACAUCUUUAACAUUGUUUGAAUCGCCGACAACGACGAUGACUACGGCGACGACGACGACCACCACCACCACCACAACGACAACAACACCGAUUCCACCAGUGCAAUCAUCAUUGAAUCAUGAUACACGUUCCACAGUUGGUGGUAGUUCAUUAUUGAUCAAUGAUAAUAAUGGUUAUCAUCAUCACCAUCAUAAUCGUAAUCAUCAUCAUUUUAAUCAUCAUAAUUCAUUACCAUCAAUGACAUCACUACAUAUGAUUUCGUUGACCAAUAAUAAUAAUAAUAAUAAUAAUCAUUUAAAAUCAUCAUUUCGUAAUCAACAACAACCAUUAAUAACGGAUAAUAGCGUAAUGAAUAUGAAAAUUCAUAGUUUAGAUUCUCAUUAUAGUACAUCACCAAUACAAUAUCUUCAUCAUCAUCAUCACCAACAUCAUCAUUCAUCACCAUCAUCAUCACCAUCAUUAUCGGGUUAUAAUUCUGGAUCGUCGUCAACAUUUGAACAAUCAUUUAGUCAGAAAAAUGAUCUACUUUCACCAUAUGAGCCACAAUCGAUGACAACUUAUCGUAAUCAAAAUGAAUUUGAUUAUGCAGUUAAUAAUGCUAUACGUCGUACACGACCAGAUAAUAUUAUGAAAUCGGUAUUUCAGGAAAUUGUUAAUCGAAAAUAUUAUGCACGAAAUUAUAAUAUUGAUGAUAUUUGUGGUAAACCAAUGUCGAAACCACGUAGUCGUAUUAUUGGUGGACAGGAUGCAUAUUUUGGUGAAUUUCCAUGGCAAGUUCAUAUAAAAAUUACUAAACAUCAAUGUGGUGGUGCAUUAGUUAAUUCACGAUUCAUUGUUACCGCUGCACAUUGUAUUUAUCAAGCUCCUAUGCAUCAAUUAAAUGUGAUUAUCGGUGCACAUGAUAUUGAAGAUCAUCGAUUUCAGGAUAUACCACCACAAUAUUUUCGUGUAUCACGCGUUAUAUUGCAUCCGAAUUUUCGUUUUUCGGCCAGUCAUCCGGAUCGUUAUGAUGUUGCACUCAUUAAAUUGGAUAGUCCGGUUCGUUUUAGUGAUAGUGUAUUACCAGUUUGUCUUCCAAUUGAAGAGAAUUUAAAUUUUGAAGGACGUAAAGGUGUAGUCACUGGUUGGGGUAAAACUGAUCCAGCAUUAAGUAAUCGUUAUGGAACACGUUUAUUACAAAAAGUUGAUGUACCAAUUAUUGAUAAUGGAAAAUGUGAAACAUGGCAUCGUACACGUGGUAUUGAUUUACGUAUUUUCUCCGAAAUGAUGUGUGCUGGUUAUGAAGAUGGACAAAAAGAUGCUUGUGUUGGUGAUUCCGGUGGACCAUUAGUGAUCAAUAUAAAUGGCCGUUGGACAUUGGCCGGUAUAACAUCGGCCGGUUUUGGUUGUGCACAAUCUCGUCAACCGGGUAUUUAUCAUCGUGUAUCACAUACGGUGGAUUGGAUACGACAAACAUUACAUGAUGAAGAGGAAAAAGAAAAUUCAAAUAUCAUUUAACAUCAAUUGAAAUUGAUUCAUUGAUUCAGCAAUAAUAAUCAAAUGAAU